AUGUCGUUGCCCGACCCUCGCCGUAUCGUCACGGGACACAACGAUGUCGGCAAGGCAGUCUUCCUCGCCGACAGCCGUAUUGCGCUACAGAGAACACCUCUCUCAGCAAGUCUUGGUGUGGUUUGGGAAAGUACACAGUUCCCCGUUGACAAUUCGGAAGAUGGCAACUUUGACCCUACCAAGACACGAACCAGUGAUCUCGUGAACAAAGAUGGCGUAAUCAUGAGAGUCGUGGAUAUAGAUCCGAGGAUUACAUCGAAUGAAAUGCUUUUCCACCGAACAGAAUCGAUGGACUUUGGAAUCCUGAUGCAUGGAGAAGUUUCUUGCUAUCUCGACGACGGUGUCAAGGUGGACAUGAAACCCGGCGAUAUAUGUGUCCAACGAGGUACAAUACAUGGCUGGACAAAUUCCGGAAGCACAGCCGCCAGACUGUAUUUUGUCUUGAUCGCUGCUAAACCGGUCGAAAUUAGAGGCCAGAAAAUGGAGAUGUAUGGAUAUCACAGCGCGGAUGUAGCAUCAGGCGGUAUCAAACGUUGA